CCUGAAGCAUUCGAAAUACAUAAGCCUGAACAUUUUCAAGUAUUUUUUAGACCAUUUUCUUCUCAAUUCUAAGCACAUACAAAUACAACAAUGGGUUUUCGUUUACCUGGUAUCAGAAGGCCAUCAUUUGCUGCAAACAUAGCAUCUUCAAAAGCUGGGGAGGUGCCAAAGGGCUAUAUCGCAGUCUAUGUUGGAGAGAGAAUGAAGCGGUUUGUGAUCCCUAUAUCAUACUUGUCGCAACCUUCAUUCCAAGACUUGUUGAGUCUAGUGGAGGAAGAGUUCGGAUACGAUCAUCCCAUGGGCGGCCUCACAAUUCCUUGUAGCGAAGAUGUCUUCCAACAUAUAACUUCUUCUUUAAAUGGACAAUAAAUCCCACACUAUAGGAGGCUGACAUAGAUUAGUAGUGACAUUUUGUACCAUAGGCAUCUUCUCAACUUGUAAACAUCUUUCUUUCUCCACAACUAGAUUGACAAAAUCUCAA